CCUCCGCGUGGCUCCGCCCUUUGCCCCGGAAGCGCUCGCUGCGGACAGGGGUUUCUGGGCCUCUUCGCAAGCCGUGCUUCCUUUCUGUCCGACAUCUUAGCGAGGAGGCACUACUGGUAGCUGCUCUCCCGGCUUCGCUAUGCCGCCCAAGGACGACAAGAAGAAGAAAGAUGCCGGAAAGUCGGCCAAGAAAGACAAAGACCCAGUGAACAAAUCUGGGGGCAAGGCCAAAAAGAAGAAGUGGUCCAAAGGCAAAGUUCGGGACAAGCUUAAUAACCUAGUCUUGUUUGACAAAGCGACAUAUGACAAACUCUGUAAAGAAGUUCCCAACUAUAAGCUUAUAACUCCAGCUGUUGUCUCUGAGAGACUGAAGAUUCGUGGUUCUCUGGCCAGGGCAGCCCUUCAGGAACUCCUGAGCAAAGGACUUAUUAAACUGGUUUCAAAGCACAGAGCUCAAGUAAUUUACACGCGAAAUACCAAGGGUGGAGAUGCCCCAGCUGCUGGAGAAGAUGCAUAAACAGGUCCAACCAGCUGUACACUGUACAUUUUGAAAAAUAAAACUUUAAUUAAAAAAUGGGUGUGUCUGUUUCCUAAGGGCAAUUACAAAGGACAGUAGUAGGUAUGAGAUUGUUGACUUGGCUUUGAGCCUUAUUGUGGCUCAAAUGUAUCAGGAAAUCAUCCGCUUGUUUUCUUUAUGUCAUUGCUGUUUGUUUCUUGCUGCGGCUUCUGUUUUGAAUUGAUGCCUGAAAGGAAAUGAAAGGUUAGCAAAGUGAGACCUCCAAAGGGGUGCAGAGGUUGGGGUCCUGACACUUGGGACCAUACCUGGAUUGCCAGCGGCGUCCGUUAUUCCAGACCCGGCCGAAAGAGGGCAGCCAGCCAGCACCGGUACUGGAACUGUGGUCAAAGUUAGCCCCAACUCUGUCUGGUGGGAGUUUCUUCAACUUCUGUUUUUCCUCUGCAAUAAGUAAACAGUUUUGAGUAGAAAGACUUAAGCCACCACCAUUCCUGCAUUAGUUAACUUACUUUCUUUAAGAAACUCUUCAUAGGAGGGUCCUAUUUGUUGGCUUCCAGAGCUAUAUUCCUCAUCUUGGACCAUCCAGGGAGGUGUGGCACCUGGAAAAGGGAGACCCAUAAAGUGAAAGUGAAGACACUCAAUUUUUUUUUUCUUUUAAUCUUUAAUCUACUCUGAAACAGCUAUAAGGUCUUACCUAAUUGGGAGUUGUAGUAAAUGUUCAAAAGCAAAAUGCAAGAAUUCUGGACUACGAGAAGUUGAGGAACUUAGGCUAGUUUAAAGUAAUGUGUGCUGAUAAUGAUUAUAUUGGGGCAUAACUGACACAACAUACCACACAGAUUUAAAGCGUAUAGAACUUUUUGAGUAAAGUAUCACUACAAUCAAGAUAGUGAACA